AUGUCCCGACCAAGACCAAAACUUCAUAUGACCAUACAAAAAGAACCGGAACCAGAAUUUUAUUCGUUUUGUUUUUUAGAGUUCCUCCCCCGUAAUUUAGAUUCUAGCACUACUAUACAAAUUGGAGAUCGAACCUUCGAAAUUGAUGCUGAUAGUCUAGAGAAAAUUUGCGAUUUGGGUCGUGGCGCCUAUGGUAUUGUUGAGAAAAUGCGUCACGAACAAACCGGUACGGUAAUGGCGGUGAAACGCAUUACUGCUACCGUCAAUCGUAAAGAACAAAAACGUUUACUUAUGGAUUUGGAUAUAUCGAUGCGUUCCAGCGAUUGCCCUUAUACGGUGCACUUCUAUGGUGCCCUAUUUCGUGAGGGUGAUGUAUGGAUUUGUAUGGAAGUUAUGGAUACCAGUUUGGAUAAGUUUUAUCCAAAAGUUUUUAAGAAUAAUCUUAUUAUGGAGGAGAGUGUUUUGGGAAAGGUAAGUAAAUUGGAAAGAGUCAAGCACCUCUAUGUAUGUAGUUUCUGAAUGUUCUCUAAAUGU